CUGGGCGGGGGCGGGGCCGGGGGCCCGCAGGUGGGCUUGCCCCCGCCCCCCGCCGCCCUGCGCCCGCGCCUGGUCUUCCACACCCAGCUGGCCCACGGCAGCCCCACCGGCCGCAUCGAGGGCUUCACCAACGUCAAGGAGCUGUACGGCAAGAUCGCAGAGGCCUUCCGCCUGCCCGCGGCCGAGGUGAUGUUCUGCACGCUGAACACCCACAAGGUGGACAUGGACAAGCUGCUGGGGGGCCAGAUCGGGCUGGAGGACUUCAUCUUCGCCCAUGUCAAGGGGCAGCGCAAGGAGGUGGAGGUGUUCAAGUCCGAGGAUGCUCUGGGACUGACCAUCACGGACAACGGGGCCGGAUACGCCUUCAUCAAGCGCAUUAAGUUGGGCAGCGUGAUCGACCACAUCCAGGUCAUCAGUGUGGGUGACAUGAUCGAGGCCAUCAAUGGGCAGAGCCUGCUGGGCUGCCGGCACUACGAGGUGGCCCGGCUGCUCAAGGAGCUUCCUCGAGGCCGCACCUUCACGCUGAAGCUCACGGAGCCCCGCAAGGCCUUUGACAUGAUCAGUCAGCGUUCAGCGGGUGGCCGCCCUGGCUCUGGCCCACAACUGGGAACUGGCCGAGGGACCCUCCGGCUCCGAUCUCGGGGUCCUGCCACAGUGGAGGAUCUGCCGUCCGCCUUUGAGGAAAAGGCGAUUGAGAAGGUGGACGAUUUGCUGGAGAGCUACAUGGGAAUCAGAGACACAGAGCUGGCGGCCACUAUGGUGGAGCUAGGGAAAGACAAAAGGAACCCAGACGAGCUAGCCGAAGCCCUGGAUGAACGGCUUGGUGACUUUGCCUUCCCGGACGAGUUCGUCUUUGACGUCUGGGGAGCCAUUGGAGACGCUAAGGUCGGCCGCUACUAGGACUCCCACUGCACCUCAUGGUGAUCUCAGCUUGGCCUGGUGGGGCGUCCCUGUUGGGGACACCACGGCACGGCUAGGACCUGAGCAUCCAGCUUGGGCCCAUAGCUUAGCAUCUGGAGGACAGUGCCCCACUCCAGUCGGUACCACCACCUUCCCCAGUUCCCAGGGGACCCCGGCAGUGCCCCCCCCUGCCCGGUUCCCCACUACCUCAGCAGGGUCAGGCAUGGGGGAGGGGACAGGCCAAAUUGGACGGCUGCCCCCGCCCCCAACACUUUCCACGAUCAGCUGCCAAAACUGGUCCCUUCUGUCCCCCUGGGACCUCGGGUUC